UUCACAUUUUUACAAUCAAAAAUACAAAUUAAAAAUGCCGUCAAAAAAUAAAAAAUAAAAAAUAAAAUCAAAAAGCCUAAUUUCUAUUAUUUCACUUUUAACAUCCAAAAUUAAAAAAGAAAAAAAAAUAAUUCCCCUGAUUUAUUUCAAUUUUCACCACUACCAAAUAAAUUUUCCCUAAUUAUAUCUCACUUUCUCUCUCCUCAAAAACACCUUUCUCUCUCUCUCUCCUCUCAAAAACCCAAAUCAACCCUAUCAUCCUCCUCUCUUUUUACCCUUUCAACCGGAAAACCGCCUUUCUCUCUCCUCUUUUACGGCGGCGAUCGUUUCUCCGAUAAUACUCUCCGAUUUCACAGUAUUUUUUUCCGUAUUAAACAAGUAUAUAAUAUUUUUCCGAUUUCCCAAAAAACCCAACAAAAAUUAAGGACAAAUUUAUAUAAUUUUGUUUUUUUUUUGAAAUAGUAGUCCCUCCUUUUUUUUUGAUUUUCCGGCCAAUUUUCCGACGGGUUUACUGAGAAUUUGUGCGCGCGAUUAUUUAACCGGCGCAUUAUUUUCUCUCUGAUUUUCAUUAAUACUUCAAUUGGGCUUCGAUUUUUGCAGGAAUUCGUUAGGUUAGCCGAGCUUUUGGAAUUAAGCUGGUAGCUAAUCUGUAGAUUAUAAGAUUACAAUUCCAUGAUAGAGGAUGGCAUUUUUUAGGGAUUAUUCGAGUGAGGCAGUCACCCACAGAGCCAUGGAGGACAAGAAUGCUAGUCGCACUGUGAAUAGAGUACACAACUCGAUAGACAUAGAUUUGAAUUCAAGUGAAAAUGACUUUGAAAUGAAGAUUGAUGGACACUAUCAAAGUGAUGUUGAACCGGAUGCUAGCAGACUACCUAAUGAGGUGGCUGUCAAUGGUGGUGCUGAUAUGGAACCAUCAACUUCGCAUACAUAUGAGAGAAGAGGUAGAGGUUCAGCUGAGAAAUGGGGUUCUACUUUCUGGAAAGGCAGUCAGCCAAUUGUUACUCAUGAUAUUUCGGACUCUGGUCAUGAAUCUAGAAGUGGCUCUGAGUAUAAAAAUGAUGAAGGUUCUGAAGGUAAUUCGUUUGGUGGGGAAGACAGAUUAGAGUUAGAGGAAUAUGAAGGGCAGAAGGAAGCAGAAAAGGUUCCUGCAGACGAGAUGUUGUCCGAUGAGUAUUAUGAGCAAGAUGGGGAUGAUCAGAAUGAUUCAUUACAAUAUAGAGGUUAUAAUGCUGCUACAUCCAAUUCAAGACCUCAAUCAAGGACUAUUAUGGCAGCUAAUGCAAAUCCACGAAAUCGUAGGAGAGCUUAUGAUAAUGAUGAAUAUGCAGAGGUGGAAGAUGAUGAAGAUGAUGAUGAAGCAGAUGAGGAUGACCCUGAUGAUAUUGAUUUUGAGCCUGAUGGAGUUGCUGAUGACCGGACAAGGACGAAGGACGAUGAUUGGGAAAUUGAAGAUUCAGAAGUAGAGGUUGAAAGUGAAGGGGAGGUUGAUGUUUCUUCCGAUGAUGAUUCAUACUAUAAGAAAAAGCCUAGGGGUGGUCAGCGAGUGAAAAGUGGAGGAAAUGCAAAGGCUAGCAAGGGGCAGAGAUCGAUCUGUGCCCCUACUCGAAGAAGAAAAGGUAGGGUAUCGGACGAUGAAUUAUCUGCUGAGGAUUCUGAGGAUGUUAGUGAUGAGAAUUUUAGGACAAGGAGAGGUGCUAAUCUCCGCAAAAAUAGCAACUUGGGACGAAAAAAUGAGGCACGCACUUCCAGCAGGUCAACUCGCAAGGUUUCAUAUGCUGAAAGUGAGGAAAGUGAAGAAGUUGAUGAAGGGAAAAAUAAGAAGUCUCAGAAGGAGGACAAUGACGAAGAGGAUGCUGAUGCAAUUGAAAGGGUUUUAUUUCAUCAGCCAAAGGGAAUGGCUGAGGAAGCUAUGAGAGCCAACAAAUCUACUCAGCCUGUAUUGCUAGGCCACUCUUAUGAUACCGAAUUAGAUUGGAAUGAAAUGGAAUUUUUAAUUAAAUGGAAAGGGCAAUCUCAUCUACACUGUCUGUGGAAACCAUUAGCUGAGCUGCAAAAUCUCAGUGGUUUCAAGAAGGUUUUGAACUACAUGAAAAAGGUUGCAGAGGAUGUAAGAUUUCGGAUGUCUGUAUCCCGUGAAGAAAUUGAAGUCCAUGACGUGAGCAAGGAAAUGGAUUUGGAUCUUUUCAAACAAAAUUGUCAGGUGGAGAGAAUUAUUGCUGAUAGGAUCAACCGAGAUAGCUCAGGUGAGGUGACUCCUGAGUAUCUGGUGAAGUGGCAAGGAUUAUCUUACGCAGAAGCCACCUGGGAAAAAGAUGUAGAUAUUGCAUUUGCUCAGGAAGCUAUUGAUGAAUACAAGGCUCGUGAGGCCACUAUAGCGGUGCCGGGAAAAACAGUGGAUGCACAGCGUAGGAAGAUUAGAGGAAGUUUGCGGAAGCUGGAUGAGCAGCCUGAAUGGCUGAAAGGAGGAAAACUACGUGAUUAUCAGCUUGAGGGCCUGAACUUUCUUGUUAACAGCUGGAGGAAUGAUACUAAUGUCAUUCUAGCUGAUGAAAUGGGUCUUGGCAAAACUGUUCAAUCAGUUUCUAUGCUUGGUUUCUUACAGAAUGCCCAACAAAUUAAUGGUCCAUUUCUUGUAGUUGUACCAUUGUCUACCUUAUCCAAUUGGGCAAAAGAAUUCAGGAAAUGGCUUCCAAGUAUGAAUGUUAUAGUUUAUGUUGGAACCCGUGCUAGCAGAGAGGUUUGUCAGCAGCAUGAGUUUUACAAUGAAAAGAAUACAGGCAGAACGAUUAAAUUUGACGCCUUAUUGACAACAUAUGAAGUUAUUCUGAAGGAUAAGGCAGUGCUGUCAAAGAUCAAGUGGAGCUAUCUAAUGGUUGAUGAGGCUCACCGGCUGAAAAAUAGUGAAGCAUCACUAUACACUUCUCUCUUGGAAUUUAGCACGAAGAACAAGCUGCUCAUUACUGGAACUCCAUUACAGAAUAGUGUAGAGGAGCUAUGGGCUCUGCUUCAUUUCCUGGAUCCUGAUAAGUUCAGGAAUAAAGAUGUAUUUGUUCAGAACUACAAAAAUCUUAGCUCAUUUAAUGAGAUUGAGCUUGCAAAUCUUCACAUGGAGUUGAGGCCUCACAUUCUCAGGAGAGUUAUUAAGGACGUGGAGAAAUCUUUGCCACCUAAAAUUGAACGAAUUCUUAGGGUUGAAAUGUCCCCAUUGCAGAAACAGUAUUAUAAAUGGAUUUUAGAACGCAACUUCCAUGACUUGAACAAAGGAGUUAAGGGAAAUCAGGUUUCACUGCUGAAUAUUGUGGUGGAGUUGAAAAAGUGUUGCAAUCAUCCAUUCUUAUUUGAAAGUGCUGAUCAUGGCUAUGGUGGGGAGUCUAAUGAUGGAAGCAAACUUGAGCGAAUGAUCCUUAGUAGUGGCAAACUAGUGAUUCUUGAUAAGCUGCUUGUAAAAUUGCAUGAAACAAAACAUCGAGUUCUUAUAUUCUCACAGAUGGUAAGAAUGUUGGACAUAUUGGCAGAGUAUUUGUCUCUGAGAGGAUUCCAGUUUCAAAGGCUUGAUGGUAGUACUAAGGCUGAGUCACGGCACCAAGCUAUGGAGCAUUUUAAUGCCCCAGGAAGUGAUGAUUUUUGUUUCCUCCUGUCCACUCGGGCUGGUGGACUUGGCAUAAACUUGGCAACUGCUGACACAGUUAUUAUUUUUGAUUCAGAUUGGAACCCUCAGAAUGAUUUGCAGGCAAUGAGUAGAGCUCACAGGAUUGGGCAGCAGGAAGUUGUUAACAUAUACCGUUUUGUAACAAGUAAAAGUGUUGAAGAAGAUAUUCUUGAAAGGGCAAAGAAAAAGAUGGUCCUUGAUCAUUUGGUGAUCCAGAAGCUAAAUGCAGAGGGUAGACUAGAGAAGAAAGAGGCGAAAAAGGCAGUUACCUUUGACAAAAAUGAACUUUCAGCAAUACUGAGGUUUGGAGCUGAGGAGCUAUUUAAGGAAGAGAAAAAUGAGGAGGAAAGCAAAAGAAGACUUUUGAGCAUGGAUAUAGAUGAAAUUCUCGAGAGAGCAGAGAAGGUUGAGGACAAGGGAACUGAAGGGGAACAAGCCAAUGAGCUUCUCAGUCAGUUUAAGGUUGCAAAUUUUUGCAAUGCUGAAGAUGAUACUAGUUUCUGGAGCCGUUGGAUAAAGCCAGAUGCUGUUGGGCAAGCAGAGGAGGCAUUAGCUCCUCGAGGAGCAAGAUAUACUAAGAGCUAUGUGGAGCCUGUCCAACCCGAUGGUAGCAACAAAAGGAAAAAGAAGGAAGCUCCAUCAGUGAGGGCAAAUACAAAGCGUCGUAGAGGUGAAUCAUCUCAUAUGGUCCCAAUGAUUGAUGGUGCUUCAGCUCAAGUAAGAGAUUGGUCUUCCGGAAAUUUGCCAAAGAGAGAUGCAACACGUUUUGCAAAGGCUGUUAUGAAGUUUGGUAAUGCAAGCCAAAUAGACUUGAUUGCAGCUGAUGUUGGAGGUGCUGUUGAAGCAGCUCCAGUCGAUUCUCAGAUUGAGCUUUUUGAUGCUUUGAUUGAUGGGUGUCAAGAGGCAGCUAAAGAAGAAAAGAUCGAUCCCAAGGGUCCUCUUUUGGAUUUCUUUGGUGUUCCUGUGAAGGCUAGUGAUAUGGUAAAUCGUGUAGAGCAGCUUCAACACUUAGCCAAGCGGAUAGGUCGUUAUGAAGAUCCCGUUUCGCAGUUCCGAGUGCUGAAGUACCUGAAACCUGCAAAUUGGUCAAAAGGGUGUGGGUGGAAUCAAAUUGAUGAUGCAAGAUUGCUUUUGGGCGUGCAUUAUCAUGGUUUUGGCAAUUGGGAAAAAAUUCGGUUAGAUGAAAGGCUUGGUUUAACAAAAAAGAUUGCCCCAGUUGAGCUUCAAACACAUGAAACUUUUCUUCCGCGGGCUCCCAAUCUGAAGGAUCGUGCUUUGGCACUACUUGAAAUGGAAAUUUCUGCUGUUUCCGGGAAAAAUUCUAAUCCUAAGGGGCGCAACAAAUCUUCAAAAAACAUGGAGAAUCUUCAUAAUGUAGCAAAACCUCGUGGCCGAGGGCGGGGGAGGCCGAGCUCACCCAAGCUUAACCAGAUGGAUAAAAACAGGUCCCAAAGAUCCCAGAAAGUAGAACCUUUAGUUAAAGAAGAAGGAGAAAUGUCUGAUAAUGAAGAAGUUUAUGAGCAAUUCAAGGAAGUGAAAUGGAUGGAAUGGUGUGAAGAUGUCAUGAUGGAAGAGGAAAGGACUUUGAAACGUCUUCAGAAGCUGCAGACUACUAGCGCUGCCCUUCCAAAGGAGAAGGUACUCUCAAAGAUCCGCAAGUACUUGCAACUUAUUGGCAGGAGAAUUGACCAAGUAGUUUUUGAACACGAGCGUGAACCACAUAAACAAGAUCGAAUGAUGAUGCGUUUAUGGAAAUACGUUUCAACCUAUUCUAAUUUGACUGGGGACAGAUUGUGUCAAAUUUAUUCCAAAUUGAAGCAGGAACAGGAAGAUGAAGCUGGGUUGGGGCCGUCCCACAUCAAUGGAAAUAACGCCUUUCAGCGUCAGUCAGCUAGACUGAAGGGACUACAGAACAAUAACUCUUAUCAAACAGGUGAACCGGGUCUCAAACUCCAUGAUCCAGCAAAGUUUGAGGCAUGGAAACGGAAGAAGAGAGCUGAGACAGAUGCUUUCUUAGAGGCGGAAGACCCUUUUCAGAAACCUUCGAGUAAUGGUCAGAGAUUGCCAGCUUCAAAUUCUUUGGGAAUAUUGGGUGCGGCACCAGCUGACAGCAGGCCUUAUAAUAAUGAGAGGCCAUACAAGAUACGUCCAGGCGGUUUUCAACAGAGGCAGGGUUUCUCAUCAGGUAUUAGGUAGCUGUCUAAAUGGAGGUGGACUGAAUCCUGUUAGGUAUCAGGAAAUAUUUCAGAUGGCUCUUUUGCCACCUGAUGGGGUCUUGCCCUUGCAGCGACUAGCCCCUCAAAAUUUUAUUGGGCUGUGGGGAUAAUAAUAUACUAUCUGUUGUCAAAAUGGCCAACGCUAAGCCUUGGCAUGCCAGAUAGAAGCGUCCUGGUUUAAUGGUUUGAAAGUGCAAUCAUCUAAACUUUUGACAUAAGCAGUGACAAGAAACACAGACAAAUGAAGAUGUAUUCAAGUCCUGGCAAAAGCUGUGUUUUGUUUUUUCUUUUAGAUAGAGACCAGCAAUUUUCUUACAAGUAUAUCUUAAAGUAGAGAAAGAAAUGUAGAGAGGUCUUUAACCUAGUUUCUUUGUAAUCUACCCAUACUGGGUGGAUACUGUAUUUAGUACUUACCGAAGUUAGCGAGCCUUCAGAAAUGUACAUUAUUCAGUUUUGUUAUCAAAAUCAAUUUUGGUUACUGCAAGCAGCUUGUAGAUACUUUUUGAUUGAUGAUAAAAGUUUACAUUCUCAUUUAUACAA